AUGCAUGCACUGCAGGAAUCCAAGGGCCCAAGCCGGGCCCGCCUUCUCAGCGAGGGCACGCCGGAGUGGAUCGAGCAAUGGAGCCCCGAGGUGUUCCGCAAGGUCGGCUACGGAAUGGCGGCAGGGGUGGUGGCGACGGGGGCGCUCGGGGGUCCGUUGACGGGCCUUGCCGCGGCGGUCCCGGUAGCCGGGUACUGGUGGCUGGGCCUUCGAGAUCUGAAGCAGGAGUCGAGCACCCUCAAGCGCAACUUCCCGGUGCUGGCCAACAUCAGGUUCCUGUUGGAGUCGAUCCGGCCGGAGAUUCGUCAGUACUUCAUCGAGUCGGACAGCGAGAGCGUGCCCUUCUCGCGCGCCCACCGCUCCGUCGUCUACGCUCGCGCGAAGGGCUGCCCCGACACCCUGCCUUUUGGCACCCGCAGGGACCUCUACAAGGAAGGAUACGAGUGGAUCUGCCACAGCAUGUACCCGGCGAAGCCGUCGGACGUGGAGCUGAGGGCCACUGUCGGCGGCCCCCUUGUCACGCAGAAGUACUCGGCCGCGCUGCUCAACGUCAGCGCCAUGUCGUACGGGGCUCUCAGCGAUAACGCCAUCCUCGCGCUCAGCAGCGCCGCGAAGGCGGGCAGCUUCUACCACAACACCGGGGAGGGAGGCAUCUCGCGCUUCCACCUGGAGGGCGGGGGGUCUCUGGUGUGGAACGUGGGCACGGGGUACUUCGGCUGCCGCGGGGAGGACGGAAAGUUCGACCCGGAAAAGUUCCGAGAAAAUUCCACAAGGCCCAACGUCAAGAUGAUCGAGAUCAAGCUCUCGCAGGGAGCGAAGCCGGGGCACGGAGGAAUCCUCCCGGGGGCAAAGGUAACGUCUCUCAUCGCCGAGGCGCGAGGGGUCAAGAUCGGGCAGGAUUGCAAUUCCCCCCCGCUGCACUCGGCGUUCGGCGGGCCCAGAAGGCUCGUGGACUUCGUGGACCAGAUGAGGGAGCUGUCUGGGGGGAAGCCCGUCGGGGUUAAGAUGUGUGUCGGGCAGUACGAUGAGGUGGCGGCCCUGGUGGGUGCCAUGGUGGAGAAGGGGCCGGGCCACGGCCCCGACUUUUUCACGGUAGACGGCUCCGAGGGGGGGACGGGUGCCGCGCCCCCCGAGUUUUCCAACUCCGUGGGGACCCCUCUGGUGGAAGGGUUGGUGCUGGUGGAUGACCUGCUGAGAGGGGCCGGGCUGAGGGAGGACGUGAAGGUCAUCUGCAGCGGGAAGGUGACAUCAGGGUUCGGUAUCGUGAGGAACCUUUCUCUGGGGGCAGACCUGUGCAACUCUGCGAGGGGCAUGAUGUUCGCGCUAGGCUGCAUUCAGGCGUUGAAGUGCGGGACGAACCACUGCCCGACGGGGAUCGCCACCCAGGACCCCAAGCUCAUGAGCGGCCUGCACGUGCCGUCCAAGACGGAGAGGGUGCUGCGGUUCCAGCAGAAGACCGUGCACACCGCCACUGAAAUCAUAUCCGCCGCCGGCGUAUCGAAUCCUGCAGAGCUGUCGAGGAGUAUGAUCAAGCUCCGGAGGGACGGCGUGAACUCCGCCAGCUACGGGGAGCUCUUCCCCCCCUGCCAGCCCGGCAGCCUGCUCGAGGGGACGGCCGCGGAGCCCCUCCAGGAGGUCUGGAGGCAGGGGCAGGCCAAGCUAGCGUCCACCAAGGAGUGACUUGACAGCUACAAUCUUCCAUAUGUAGCACCUUGGACACAGUCUAGCUUGGGUGGCUAGGCUAGGCUACUAUACGCGGGGGGUACACAUAUCGUCGUCGCUCGAUGACUCACUAGGCAAUGGUGUGACCCGGACAUGCAUACCGAGCCUCGUGUGCUCUGUUCCUGCCCCCCCCCCCCCCCCCCC